AUGGAUUCAGAACUUCAAAAAAAACGAAAAGAAUUCAAUCAUUACUUGGAACAAAGUGGAGCAAUUCGGAAUUUGACAAAUGCUCUUGUCAAACUCUAUGAAUUGCCUAAUCAACCUGAAGAUGCUAUCAAGUUUAUUCGGAAUAAUCUCUGUGAAAAUUGCCCCAAUGAUCAACAAUUUGCCUUAAUGCACACUGAUCUGCAGAAAGCUAAUAAAAAGAUUGCUGAGCUGGAACGUGAAUUGUCGCGUUUGAAAGGAAGCAUCAAGCGUUCAUCCAGUGAGAUUCAACUUCAAUUAACAACAAUUUUCGAAAAGUUGAAUCAGGAGCUUUCAAAUUGCCAAGCUGACUCAUCUUUACUCAAGAAAUAUUUAACUCAAAGCGUUUUAAAUGAACUGAAAGAAGUUACAACAAGUUUCAAUGGAACUUUAUUCGAUUGCAUUCAAUCUGCACUUGAAAUGCCAAAUCUUGCACUGGGAGUUUUUGCAUGUGAUCCCGAUGCUUACGCAGUCUUUUCAUCACUUUUUGAUCCGAUUAUUGAAGAGUUUCAUGACAUCAGCAAAGAAGAUUCUCAUCCCAAUAUCGAUUGGGGAGAAUCAUGCAAAAUACCUGCAAUAAAUGUUGAGAAAGCAAUCAUUUCUCUUCGUUUUGAAUGUCGUCGUUCGAUAGAAAAUUACCCGUUUGUAACAAUUAUGACGGAACAACAGUUUGAAGAAAUCGUCGAAAAAUUUUCUCCUACAAAAUGUUUCAGUGGAUUUUUUAAAGGAAAAUUUCAUCUUCUUGAAAAUAUGAACGAUGAAGUUAAAAAGAAACUUGCAAGCGUUAAUCUCAUGUUUAAUGAUAACAACAAAAUUAAUAUUGCUGCAAAUGCUACACGAUUUUGGCCGACAGGUCGUGGAAUUUAUGUCACUGAUGAUAACAGAUUUGCUGUUUGGUGUAACGAAGAAGAUCACUUGCGUUUUAUUUCUAAGGAAAAUACUGGAAAUAUUAGAAACAUUUAUGAACGUUUAGUUGAAGGCGUAACAAAGUUUAACAAAAUAUUUGCUUUCACUCAACAUGAACGUUUUGGAUUUUUGACAUUUUCACCGGAAUUUCUUGGAAAUACUCUUCAUUUAUCAUGCCAAUUAAAUCUUGUGAAUCUUCCACAAAACGAAGAAAAGAUGUGCGAAUUAGCUACAAAGCUUUCCAUAAAAAUUUCUAAAAUAAAUGAAACUGUCUACGAAGUUUGCAAUAUCAAACGAUUUGGCUUAACAGAAUAUGAAACGGUCAAAAACUUUGCUGAUGGAAUCAAUGAACUCGUGGCUGCUGAAAAUUCAUAG